CACAUACUAACUAGGCGGCAUCAAGGCAUGAGUUGUUGCUUCAUGAGAAACCGCUCCUAUUCCCUCCUCAUUCUCUCCAAUCAUUCAUCAUUAUCUUCUUCUUCUUCUUCUUCAUUUUGAUGUUAUCCUUCUCUACUACAGAUCUUAUCUCUGCUUUUCAUCCCCUACUGAUCUGUAUAUGUAUGAUUCAUUGAUUGAUUGAUUGUAUUCUGUUUACUGAUAAGUCUCCGAUGUCCGUCUUCUGAUCGAUUUUCCGGUUUACUUUGAGGGAGGAAGAGAAUCUGGACGAACUGAUAUCUAUGAUCAUUUGAAUAUUUCUCUUCUCCGAUAUCUGGAAAACGAGACUGAUCGAUCACAAGAUGACUGUGAAAAUGCCUUUGAAGAUAAUUCUCUUUAGUCGACUUUGCUUGCUGUCUACUCUUUUCAUCAUGAUGAAAGCUGAACCAGUUGAAGAUAAACAAGCCUUAAUUGAUUUCCUUCACAACAUAUCUCAUACACGUCCUCUCAACUGGGACACGAGAUCAUCGGUUUGCACCAAUUGGGUGGGAAUUACUUGCAAUCAUAACAAAUCUAGAGUAAUUGCUGUUCAAUUGCCCGGGUUUGGCUUGCGCGGGCCAAUUCCUUCUAAUACUCUGAGCCGCUUAUCUGACCUCCAGAUCUUGAGUCUCAGAUCCAAUGAUAUAUCAGGUCCGUUCCCUUCUGAGAUCUCCCAACUCAGAAACUUGAACAAUCUGAAUCUUCAGUCUAAUAAAUUCUCUGGUCCCUUGCCUUCCGAUUUCUCAGCAUUCAGGAAUCUUUCCAUCCUUAUUUUGUCCCAGAAUGCUUUUAAUGGUACAAUUCCCUGUUCAAUCUCAAACUUAACUCAGCUCAUAGCCCUCAAUCUCAGCAACAACUUUCAUUCUGGAGAUAUUCCUGAUCUGAAUCUACCUAAACUUCAAGUUUUGGAUCUGUCCCACAAUAACCUCACAGGUCUUGUUCCUAAAUCUCUUCAAAGAUUUCCCAGCUCGGCAUUCUCCUCCAAUAACAACAUCUCCACAGAAAAUUUCCCUCAUCCAAUACUUCCUAAUCCACAGCCACCAAAAAAGCGAUCUAAACUCACCGAGCCUGCAAUAUUAGGGAUCGCCAUUGGGACUUCUGCUUUGUGUUUUGUCCUGAUUGCUGUUACAAUAAUGUUUUGCUGCUCACACAAGAAAGGAAAAAAGGAGGAAAUGCCGCGGAGUAAAGAGAAACCUGGGAAGAAACCAAUGUCAGAGAGAAAGAAUCAUGAAGAUGGCAGUCUUGUCUUCUUUGAAGGUCACAAUCUUGUUUUCGACCUGGAAGAUUUGUUAAGGGCUUCAGCUGAAAUGCUUGGAAAGGGUGCUUUUGGAAUAACAUAUAAGGCAGCACUGGAGGAUGCCACAACAGUAGUGGUUAAAAGAGUUAAGGAUGCAAGUAUGGCAAAGAGAGUUUUUGAGCAACAAAUGGAGAUUGCUGGAAAUAUGAGGCACGAAAAUAUAGCUCCCUUAAGAGCCUAUUACUAUUCCAAAGAAGAAAAGCUUAUGGUGUACGAUCACUAUGCUCAAGGAAGCGUUUUAUCAAUGUUACAUGGAACAAGAGGAAAUCAGGUGACACUAGACUGGGAAGCCCGAGUAAGAAUCGCAAUGGGUGCUGCAAGGGGGCUUGCACAUAUCCAUUCAUCAGAGAACGGCCAUAAUAAGCUAGUCCAUGGAAACAUAAAGAGUUCAAACAUUUUCCUCAACUCAACCCAAUACGGCUGCAUAUCCGAUUUUGGUUUAGCGACAAUAAUGAACCCAACAAGUACACAUGUGGUGAGGGGAGAAGGAUAUAGAGCCCCAGAAGUGACAGACAAUCGGAAAGCCUCUCAGGCAUCAGAUGUGUACAGCUUUGGAGUGUUCCUGCUGGAGCUCCUCACCGGAAAAUCAUCUGGUGGAGAGGAAGAUGCAGUGAACUUGGUGAGGUGGGUUCAUUCAGUUGUCAGAGAAGAGUGGACGGCUGAAGUGUUUGAUGUGGAGCUGUUGAAGUGUCCAAAUAUAGAUGAAGAGAUUGUGGAGAUGCUGCAAAUUGGGAUGGCUUGUGCAGCUAGAAUGCCGGAACAGAGACCGAAGAUGGCCGAUGUCUUGAAAAGAAUCGAAGACCUCCGGCGGCGGGAAAUCAUGUCUGAAGACUCCACACCUCCAUUGACUCCGCCACCACCGCCAGUGGUUGAGGUCGGAUCCACUUCUAGAAGUUAAUGUCCAAAAGACAGAAAACAGAGAUAAGGAUUCUGUUUUUAUUCCACAAAUUUGUCAACAUUUUUAUCUUAUAAAAACAAAAACCAGAUUAUUUUAAUUGUUAAUCAAGGUUUAUUAUUAUACAAGAACCAGAUACAUAUGACAAGUUUCCUAUAUUUCGUAGAGCA